CGUAUCGCGGAUGGAGUAGGCUGCAUGACUGGCCAUACACGCCCAACUAGCCAAGCAGAAUGCAGAGUUGGUAAGGUACGUCGGCGCAAGGUACGCCGGCGUCAGUCGCGUGCGGUUGGCGCUGACCACUGGGUCAGGGGCCCACAGCAAUGCACAGCAGUUGACAGACACGGGACCCAAUACCUAGGUAACAUAUUUGCUGGCCUCCAGCGCGGAGUGGAUUCAGGCCCUGGCUUGAGCCGAUUAUGACUAGUGACACGUGGAGCUCGCGUGCGGUGUGCGAGUCGUUUUGCGUGAUGCAAAACUUGAUGCAAAUCGACCGGUCACUCGAGGAGCGGUCACGAGCGUUCGCAAGCCAUCUACCUACUCUGACCAAUCGAACCAUAAGCAUUGCACUGCACUCACAGCGUUUAUUUCAUGCCCGACCCAAAGUCUUGCACGCCCUUCUGAGGCGCGGCCAAGGGCCAUAACCCUCCCAUCAGCUCUAGGCGCUGCUAGUAUGCGUGUCCGCGUUCAAGAGAGCACAAAUGGAAUCGUUGGCAGGGCUCACGAGAAGCGGCUGGUGCGAGUGUUAAGCGGACGUCACAGAAAGCCCGGGUUGGCGAGCGGAGGUUCCAGUCAAGAGCGACGCUUUCGGGCUGAGUCCGCUGGCAACAGGGUUGUCGCGGCUCAGGCAGCAGCGCUAACAACUGUACAGGAGACGAAGAGUGCCGCGUCGACGAAAGUCACCGUCAGGACCCGCCUGUGCAUUCAGCACCAGGUCGCCUUUGGGAGUUCGCUAAAGGUUAUCGGCUCCGGACCGGAGUUUGGCGACUGGCAGGCGGAGAAGGCGGUAGCGCUUCAGUGGAACGAGGGGCACGUUUGGUCUGUGGACCUUGACCUAGAGCCGGGCUCGUACGAGUUCAAGUGCAUCACCGCAGCUGGUGACCACAUCGCCGCGUGGGAGAACGGCGUCAACCGUAUCGUACAGGUUCCCAACGGCGUGCGUGCCAUCCGCGUAGACGGCAGCUGGUGCCGGACCUCGGAGAACCGCAUCACUGUCACAGAACCGCUAACAGCGGCGUCGGUUGCGGCGCGGCAGAAGCGCGCGGCCGCAGCACGGCUGCUGAGCAAGGCGCUCGCAGAGGUCAGCGCAGCGGCAGCAGCCAGCCCGCCCUCAGCGGCGGUGGUUGAGGCCCGUAAGGCGGCGGCGAGCGUCAAGCGGCCGGACGGCAGCAAGGCCGCAGCAGCGGCAGAGCUCGAGCGGGAGGCGAAGGAGGCUCUGCGGGAGCUGGGUGAGCUGCUAUCGUCGGACAUCGCGGGCGUUGAAAGCAGCUUGAGCUUGACUCGUGUGCGGAAGGCGGAUAAGGCAGGGCCAGGGGCUGAAGUCAAGAGCAGCAGUAGAUCAGCGGCAGAGACUAAGUCGGAGGAGGCAGGCGCAAGCAGCACCAACACCAGCGCCAAGGCGAGUAAGUCCGCUAGUUGGCGGGAGCUCCUGAGCGAGGAGCAGCCCAAGCAGGAGAAGGAGCAGGAACAGGCGAAGGAACAGCCGGCGGAGGGCCAGGUGGUCGCAGCAGCAUCCUCCGUCCCUACCAGUCUCCUUGAGGCGUCUGGCAAAGAGGGCGAGGCCCUUCCUAAGCAGGCGGAGCAGGCGGCGAAGCCAGCACCGGCUGCAACUGCGGAAGCGAACGCAGCUGCCCCCAGCAGCGACAAGGCCGAGUCCGAGGUUCCGGAUCGGUGGGCGUUUGUGAAGGCAGCGGCAGCAGCACCGGCGGCAGCACCGGCGGGUGAGAGCAAGCCAGCAGCGGACAAGGCCGACGCAUCUAAGGCCGAGCCAGCGAAGGCAGUCAGUAGCGCGGCGCCAGCGGCGCCAGUUAAGGAGCAGCUUGCGGUCGCGAGUCCAGCGGCUGCAGAGGUAGCGGCAGUCAAGCCAGCGGCACCUGCUACAGAAGCGGUCGAGGCGGCCGGCAAGAGCGCAGCAGCCAAGUCGCAGGAGAAGCCAGCGGAGGAAGCCAAGGCAGAGAAGCAGCCGGAGCAGAAAAAGGCGCCCGAUAGCAGCAGCGGGGUGUCACGGUUCGGCGGCCUGCUCGCAAAGCUUGGUGGUUCGCUAGGCUUGGCACAGCAGCCGGAGGAGGCGAAGAGCAGUAAGGCACAGCAGCCAGAGGCAGCGAAGAGCAGUAAGGCACAGCAGCCAGAGGCGGCGAAGAGCAGUAAGGCACAGCUGCCAGAGGCGGCGAAGAGCAGUAAGGCACAGCAGCCGGAGGCGGCGAAGAGCAGUAAGGCGGAGGCCGCGCCUGCAAGCAGCGCGACUGCGACCGCACCAGCCAGCGUCAGCAGCACCGGCACUAGCCCGGCCAGCAGCAGUAGCAGCACCAGCUCCAGCGCCAGCAGCGGGGGCCGGAGGUUCUCGUGGCGCUCGCUCGGUGACGAGGGCGACGAGGGCAAGAAGCAGGAGGAGCAGAAAGCGCGAGUUGCUGAGGUGCAGCCAGCCGAACCUGAGGCAGCUGUUGGUGACGCCAAGCAGCCGGAGCAAGAGGAGGACACUGCGUCGCGCUUUGCCCGCCUUCUUAAGGCCAAGCAGCAGAAGGCCGGCGGCGGCAGCAGUGCGGUAGCGGCAUCGGAAUCUCCCAAGGAGGAGAAGCCGGCGGCUGCGGAGAAGAAGCCAGAGCCAGCGGCGGUAGCGGAGCCGGCUCGAAAGGAGGAGCAAAAGAAGGACGAGAAGGCCGUUGGUGAGGCAAAGCAGCAGCAGGAGAAGGCCGGCAAGGCCGUCGCUGCAGCAGAGCCUAAGGAGAAAAGUUCGGGCGCAGCGGUCGGGGCUAACAGCACCACAGCGGCCGAACCUGACACGGCAGCCAUGGGUGCCAACAACAGCAAGCAAAUUGAAACGGUGCAGGAUGAGGGGUUAGACCGCCUGAUCAAGGUAUGGGACAGCGCCUGGAGCAAGGGCAAGAAGGAGACGCCGGCGGCGGCGCCGGAUUCGGCGGCAGAUGCGCCGUCUACAUCUUCGUCCGCGCCGGCGCCAGCGCCGGCGCCAACGAGCAGCGGGGGCCGCCGCAACUGGGCCUCGCUCGACGCAGACGAGGGGCCGUCUACAUCGGCGGCCGGCAGCGGCAAGCAGGCGCAGCGCGCAGGGAUAUCGGCGGCACUUGGUCCGGCGGCCGCAGCCGCCGCCAAGAACGCCAACGGCGGGACGCCGCCGAUCGGGUCAGGCUCGGGCGGCGCGGGCGGUAGCAGCAGUGAGAGCUUGUUCACGAUUGCGGAGCGGCUCACGUCGGCCGCUCCGGCCGCGACGCCGACGGCGGUGCCGGACGAUGCCUCGCCAGAUGUGACGAUGCGUAAGGGCGCGCUGGCGGCGAUGCAGGUGGACCGGCAGGGCAGCUACGACAACCGCUCGUCCUUCCUCUCGCAGUCGCUCCUGCAGGAGAGCCUGGCAGGCGGCAGCAACGGCACGGCAGGCGGCAACGGCAACGCCGCCGGGGGUGGCGCGGACGGGCCGAGCAGCUCCACGCUGCUGCAGAAGCUGCGCGCCGCGAAUGCGGCUCGCGGAGCGGGUGUUAGUGGCAGCGCCGCCAAUGGCAGUGCUGCCAACGGCACCUUCGUGCCGCCGCUGCCCGCGACGCCGGCGCCGCCGGGCAUCCUCUCGAACGACGACGACGACGACGGCGGGAUGGUGCCUCCACUGCCCGCCACGCCGCCGCCGCCGUCCUACCUGACCGGCCCAUCGGGCGGCAAGGGUGCUCCUAUGGGCGAUAUGGGCCCCGUGCCGCCGCUGCCUGCCACGCCGGUGGCCUCGUCCGUGCUCGGGGGCGCCGACAACGGCGGCUCAGAGAAGGGCAAGGGCGGCGGCGCGGAGGAGCUGCUGCGGCGCGCACAUGACGCGGACGCUGUGCUGGCCAUGCUGCGCGGCAACCUGCCGCUCACGCCCAUCGCGCGCGGCGGGCGCGGCGGCGCGGGCGCGGGGCCGCUGUCCAUGGCGGACGCGGAGGAGGGCGAAGACGACGACGACGACGGCAGCGUGGGCCACUCCCGCAAGCCCGUGGAGCCGCACCCGCAGGCCGACCCGGUGGCGGCCACGCAGCGCGCCAUCGCGGACGCGGUGCAGGCCUGGGACAAGACGCGCGCGGCGCUGGCGGCGCUGCAGCAGAGCGCCGCCGAGCUGGGCCUGUCGCCAGGCGCCAUCCAGGAGCAGGCCGCCAAGCUGCUGCAGAACAUGCCGCGCGCCAUCGGCACCGACGGCAACGCCGGCAACCCCAACGCCAACGGCCAGCCCAACGCCAUCCCCAUGACCGCGCAGCUGGGCAACCUGAUGACCGGCCUGGGCCUGAGUGCAACCAGCAUUGCGGAGCAGCUUACGCGCAAGAGCCUGGACGGCUCGGAGCAGGGCGGCGGCGGGGGCGGCGGCUUGGGGCUGAUCAGCGGCCUGCUGGGCGGGCUGACGGGCAACAGCCCGCUGCCGCCGGGCUGCGUGCGGCUGGUGGCGGGCGCGCACAUGAUCCCGCACGUGGACAAGGUGGACAAGGGCGGCGAGGACGCCUACUUCAUCAGCCGCGUGGGGCUGGGCGGCGUGGGCGUAGCGGACGGCGUGAGCGGUUGGGCGGACGAGGGCAUUGACCCUGCCGAGUACCCCAGGACGCUGAUGCGGUACGCCACGGACGCGUACGAGGCGGCCCGCGGCAAAUUGUCGGCGCAGGACAUUAUCCGCUACGCUCAGUACCGCACCUACCUCAAGGGCAGCUCCACGGUGUGCCUGGCGCUCAUGAAGCCCAACAAGCAGCUGGAGAUCGCCAACGUGGGCGACAGCGGGGUGCGCAUCCUGCGCAACGGCAAGGUCAUCUUCGGCACCGAGGCCCAGCAGCACGCCUUCAACAUGCCCUUCCAGCUGUCUCACCCCAACAAUGUAGAGGACCCCGACUCGGCCGACGACGCUGACGUGCACCUGGUGGAGGUCCAGGACGGCGACGUGAUCAUGCUGGCCACUGACGGCCUGUUCGACAAUGUCUUUGACGAUGAGAUCGAGCAGAUCGUCAGCCACCAGCUGCGCGAGCUGGCCUCGCAGGGCCGCGGCAAGGCUCCGUCCGCGCCCAUGUCGCUCAUGAGCAUUGGCGCGGGGCCGCCGCUGCCCGAGAUCACCCCCACCAGCGCCGCAUCCAACGGCUCUGCCUCGGCGGCGACGGGGUCAAGCGGCUCAGCGGGCAAUGCGGCGGCGGGCGCGGUUGGAGGCGGCACGGGUGCUGCGCGCCCGCGCGGAGCUGGGCUGCUCAGCCAGAGCCUCAACGCGGCGGCUGCGGGCGCCGGCGCCAAGCCGGGCACGUACCGGUCGGAGGACGCCGCGCGUGUGGCGCGUGCGCUGGCGGAGCGGGCGCACCUGCACGCACGCAACCCCACCCAGCGCACGCCGUGGAGCGUGACCAGCAGCCAGCAGCCCAACUUCAUGUGGGCGAAGUUCUUCGCCAAGGGCGGCGGCAAGAUGGACGACUGCACCGUGCUGGUCGCCUUCGUGUGCAGCGAGUAGAGCUGCGGGGUGCGGGGUGCGUAGGCUGAGAAGCCUUGCCGGACGGUUGUGGGGUGCGAGCGUCACAUCGCACGGGGGAAUGGGUUGGGCCCGAGGAGAGGUGCAGCUGGCGGCGGCUUGCUUUUUGUAUGUGCAGUGUUCGGGAAGAUUGGCGUUCAGGAGCUUGGCGCCUGGUGUUUGAUGGGCGGUGCUUGGGAGUUGCAGUCAAGAGGCACGACGUUGCCACCGAGUCAGUAUCGGCGAGACUACGAAGCGCGCGUGCGAGUCUAUUGCCACUUUAUGAAGUCUCCUGCGACAAUGGGACAAGGUGGGAGAAGAACAACAGCGAUGGCGGGUGAUGGGGUGCGUGUGUGCUGCAGCGUGUGUGUGCAGAGUAUGGAGGACAGGUUGACGCUGUCCUCCCCACCCGUCCGGCCUAGGUCCGUUGACGUAGGGAGCUAGAUUGGUGGAUCCCGUCCCAGCGCGAGCCCCAAUACACCGUCCUGAGUGGUCGUCUGUUUUAGGCGCAAACUCAACACAUUGCUUCGGCGUGUGGGGACGCGGCGUUGGCGAGAGCCACGGAUGGCCCUAAUACCGUGGGGGCAUGUCGCAUCGUGGAGGGCACUGUAUUUGGGUCAACGUUAAUACGUGCAGGGUACAGUCUCGGGUUGGUUCGGAACACCGUCAUGGCGAGUCGCCUGAACAUGUUUGGGUUCAUGCUUCACCGUGCCAUUUGCUUUUUUCUGCCUGGUUUGCAGUAAGAGAAUCUGUGUGCGCCCAUUGCACGUGCACAUGUGCGGCGGUAGGAACUUUUUACGUGAACAUGAUUAGGGAAAGGUUGAGCUCUGUAUGGGAGGCGCCGUUGUCCUGUAGAGCAGAUACGGUAGAGACGCAAGGCCCGCGAGACUAUAGAGAGGGAGAGGGGGAACAGUGAGCGGCAAGUAGUGAUGGACGCGUGCCUGCAUAGCGGUCUUGGAAGUACAUGCGAACGCGUGUUUGCCUUAUCUACGUGCUGUUUUGUUGUCAGUGUUGUUUCCGUGUGGGCGGCAUGGAGAUGGCGCACUGGCGCCCGUCCCUUUGCCCAUGCAUGCUACAAAGUUCCGCUGGUCAGGCGGGCGCAGCGAAGCGUGUGGCUGCGCGGAUUGUACAUUAUGGAUGGAUAAACCGCUUGGACAUAUCGUGCGGCGACUCCCGGAGGGUGCCAAAGCUCAGGGAGGCUCUUGAAAGGGGCUAUUUUAACUGCCACAGUGGACUGGGCUCAUUCUGGCCCAUGCGUCUUGUGCUUGGCUCGGGACGCUCUCCCCGGAGACUACCGUGGGGGAAUACUAAGGCGCAAGUACCACACUAGCAUCUACGCGUUCUACUCAGCUUCACAGGUCGCUCGCCAGGUCACCUCCAGACUGACCGGCAGUUUACUGGCAACUUAACUUCGAAAUCAAACUCUGAUGCUGUGUCCUCCCGGCACUCCCCGCAUGCCUAAUUGCACGCCGCUCAGCCGCCACGCCGCUUCACGAACCGCCGAACCGGUUAUAGCAUUGGAGGAGCUGACGUCUGAUGCCAGCGCCUUGCAAGCAGGCACAGCACCCUGCGCCGCUGCGGCACUGCUACCACAGCUAUGGCCAGCCUCGCCGCAAGCCGCUCUUGACCCCCCCCGCCCCCCCUACACACACACGGGCACAGGGCCACAGGCUCCGGGGAGCUCUCGGGCGAUUCGCUUCAUUUCUAACACAUAGGCACACACUAAGUCAACACAGUC